UUUCUAGUAGAUUUUAAUAAAGGUUUAAUUGUUUUUGUUUAUUUUUUUUCCUCCACUACUAAACUGCAAACAAUCUAUAGAAGAAAAUACAAAGCAAAUGAGAAACAAGACGAAUUAAUGCCAAUUUCUAAACACACCUCAGAUUCAGAAGAAGAAAUGUCAAUGGAAUCAGAAACUGAGCUGCUAAAUAAUUCUACAAAGAAAGAUAAAACUACAAACACCAACUGA